UCCUUCAGGUCGACAUCAUGGACGGCCUGGAGCUCUCACUGGGUGCCACGCAGUUCCUCGAGUGGCUGAAGCCCAUCGUGCCCCGAACCUUCAUGAUCACCGAUGGGCCCGAAGAAUAUGCGUUGCCCAUCUUCGAUCAGCUUGGUCAUCCCAUGGUCUUCUGCAACUUUUUUGAGGCAGAUGACGAAGGCUUUAUGAAGAGGCUCAUAACCCGGCUGAAGGGGCAGAAGCUGAAGACGGUGCAGGAGUUGCAGCGUUUGAACUUCCGCAUCAUGGCGGUGGGCAACUCCUUCAACGACAUAGACAUGCUUCAUGCCGCAGAGAAGGGGGUGCUAUAUCGGCCUUCGGAGGCCAUCAAAAAGGAGCACCCAGAGAUCCCAGUCGUCAACAACUACGACGAGCUUAAGGAACACAUCCGGCAAAUUGUGGCUGAUAAAGUUGAGCCACAGAGCAAGAAGCAGAAGACGGGCUAAGCUACUUGACUUGGUGCGCCUUUAGUUUUGCUGUCUGUAUCAACCUUUUGGUACACCUUUGGGCCUGGAUACUUUUGGUUUAGAUUUUAUUUGGUUGGACCCUUCGCUGGACAUCAGUGGAAAACACGCGGAUUUACGUCCCCCACAAACUUCAGUUGUUUUGGACAAAUUGCUGUUUCCCCAGCUUUUU